AGAGGGGAUGGCAUUAAACGCUUCCCACAGGAGAGCCCGGCCGAAGCUCGGCUUGGGCCCUCACGGAGCCCUCAGGUGAGGGCAGAGCUGAGUGUGAGCCCUCACGGAGCCCUCAGGUGAGGGCAGAGCUCAGUGUGAGCCCUCACAGAGCCCUCAGGUGAGGGCAGAGCUCAGUGUGGGCCCUCACAGAGCCCUCAGGUGAGGGCAGAGCUCAGCCCGGGCCCUCACGGAGCCCUCAGGUGAGGGCAGAGCUCAGCCCGGGCCCUCACGGAGCCCUCAGGUGAGGGCAGAGCUCAGCCUGAGCCCUCACGGAGCCCUCAGGUGAGGGCAGAGCUCAGUGUGAGCCCUCACAGAGCCCUCAGGUGAGGGCAGAGCUCAGUGUGAGCCCUCACGGAGCCCUCAGGUGAGGGCAGAGCUCAGUGUGAGCCCUCACAGAGCCCUCAGGUGAGGGCAGAGCUCAGUGUGAGCCCUCACGGAGCCCUCGGCAGAGCUCAGCCUCAGAAGAUCCAGCUGGAACAACUCCCUGGACACAACAGGAAUCUUUUCAAAUAUUGUGUGGAGAAGAAAGGAGAUAAUUACCACAAGAAUAAUGGAGAUGAAUGGCUUGGAAAGAAAGAAGGGAUCUUCGUUCUUCCCACCAUCACAACAGACAUUUGGGCAGGGAAAGAGGAGGACAGCCAUGAGACCCAGGAGCAGCAGAGUCACAGAGCACACAGAACACACCAGGAGAGCACUGCACGUCCGGGCAAAGGGACAGCACCGCAGGACAGCCCUGCUGGAGGGGCCCGAGGGAGGAGGAAGGAUCAGACCGAGAUGACACGGAUUCCUGAGCUGCCUUUCUCAGAAUGGCUUCAUCCCAGAGGAUCCAGGGGCUCUCUGGCUGCCACAGAAAUGCCUCAGCAGUGAAGUUCCAGGGCAGAGCACCAGGUAUCAGGAAGGAACACAGAGAAAAUGGGCUGCCAUUCUCCAUUAUUUACCUUGCAGCCUCAGCAGCAGCUGUCUCAAAGAAAACCAAGCUUGUGCUCAGCUGAGGAUCAUCCGCUGCCUGCAUUCCAUUUGUGUCCUGCAGGAUCUCAGCUGUGGGCUCCUGCCACACUUUGUGUCUCUGUACAAUUGUUCAGCCACUCCCCAGAGCAAGCAGAACCUGCUGUGGGAUCAGGUGCCACAACAGACCCACCCUAUCCUGAGAAAUGUGAGAAUCAUCUGAAAACCAUGGAAUUUGCAGAAAUGAAAAUAAAGUGUUUUCCACAUGUCAAGCCUUUGGAAGAUUGCUGAUGUAGCUUUCCAGCAAGGAGGAAAUGGAGACACCAAAGGGCACCUGGAACUGCAGCUGCUCCUUCUGGAAAUGCUUUCCCAGGAAUCUCAGGGCACCACCUGGCCAGGAUCCUGCAGCAGCCAGCUCUGGGAGCACCAGGAAGGUCCCUCUUGUCCCAGGCACUGGAUCCUGGCACCAUUGUAAGUGCCGAAAGUCAUGGACUAUAAAGAGAAAAGCCUGCACCCUUUGCACCCUUUACAGCCUCUGCACCAUGCUUAGAGACAGAGAAGUGCUCCGGGUGGUACAGCGGGGUCUGGAGGAGGAGGAGGAGGGAAGGACAGAGCCGGUGAGCACCACGACUGCACGGCCUGGCAUGGAGAGAAGAGGAACCCAAAACACAGCAACAAGCACCACGACUGCACGGCCUGGCAUGGAGAGAAGAGGAACCCACAGCACAGCAACGAGCACCACGACUGCACGGCCUGGCAUGGAGAGAAGAGGAACCCACAGCACAGCAACGAGCACCACGACUGCACAGCCUGGCAUGGAGAGAAGAGGAACCCACAGCACAGCAACGAGCACCACGACUGCACAGCCUGGCAUGGAGAGAAGAGGAACCCACAGCACAGCAACGAGCACCACGACUGCACAGCCUGGCAUGGAGAGAAGAGGAACCCACAGCACAGCAAUGAGCACCACGACUGCACGGCCUGGCAUGGAGAGAAGAGGAACCCACAGCACAGCAACGAGCACCACGACUGCACGGCCUGGCAUGGAGAGAAGAGGAGCCAAAAGGGCAGUCAGUGCUUCCACACAGACCGCCACCAAGCCAGGGCAGCCCAAGCCAGCAGCAGCUGCCCCCGUUCAGAAGAAGAAAUCCAAGAGCAGAUCCAUCCAAAGAGUGGCUGAUGGGGAGGUGGCCGGACCCUCACACCGAGGAGAGCCAGCACCAGUGGUCAUCACUGUCACUGUGGCCCUGGGUGGGCUGCCAGCUGUGGUCAGUGCCCAGGCGACCGGGAGAGCCCAGGGAACUGUCAGCCUCUGGCAGUGACUGCUGGUGAGUGUGAGGGGUGGGUGCUUUGUAAAGUAGGGACAGAGAUGGACACCUUUGUAAGCUAUGGAGAGGGAUGGACACCUUUGUAAAGAUCUCCAGGUGCACCAGGGAAAGGGAGCACAGUGGACCAAGGAGAUCAUUUUUCCCUGAGAGCCCCAAGGAUGUACAGUGCACAUUGCAGAUGUGGAUGAGAUUUGCACGCCUUGGACCAGAGAGAUCCUCCCGUGACCUGGAGAUGUGCCGUGGAGGGAAGGAGAGGACAAGGUGGGAGCCCUGGUCAGCAAGCUGGGAACUUACAAGGACUCUGUCACUGCCCUGUUGUGCACCAUGUCUCAUCCAUGGAAACAAAGCUGGCUGAGAGCAUCUGGAGCUUGGGAGAGAGCCUGAGAAAGGAGCUUCAGGAAGGGACUUCCCACACUCACCAGAACCAGCCAGUCUCUGCAUGAGGAGCAGAUGCCCCCCAGCCAGGCAGAGAGGAUACACUCCACCAGGUAACCUCUGCUUUUUCUUUCAGGAGCACGGAAAAGCCCCCUCCUCCUUAGCAGCCUGGGUGCCUGAACUUUGAAGAGGAAUUUCAGCAGAGCUCAUCUCGAGUCAGCAGUGCUCUGGCCUCCCGUGGACAGAGCUCUGGACCCUACAGGAAUGGGAACACCACUGGUUCUCCUGGAGACCAGUUCUCCUUGCUCUCAGGAACACAUUCACAGGGGACACCAGCGUGUGCCUGACCAGGAUUAGAGGGGCCCUGUCUCCAGGCACGUGGAGGAAAAGGAGAACUGGAUCUGCUGGACUGUGUGGAUGCCAUGGCCUGUCUGCCCACAAAGGUACAGCUUUGGUGGGCACUGGCACUCAGGGCAGCCUGGUGCCACCAAGGCAUGUGGGAGUGGAACCCAUUUGUGUUUCUGGGGUGGCAGGAGGGUCCCACAGCUGCCGUGCAUUUGUCUGGGAACGAGGGGCACAAACACCCCACGGUGGCUGGCCCUGAGGCCCUGCACCCUCAGCAGGCCCAUCCCAGAAACGGGGAUCCCAGAGACCCAAAAGGACCUCGCUGGCCUUUGGGAUUGCUGCUGCAGAGACAGAAGCCUGAGCACCCUGCCUGGUCUUGAUACGAGCCCCUGCUGCUGUGGGACUGCUGAGAGGUGGAGAACAACAGGAACCAAUGAGCACAGCAACACUGCGCCAUCAACAGAUCAUCAUCAUCUUCAUCAUCAUCUUCAUCAUCAUCUUCAUCAUCAUCUUCAUCAUCAUCUUCAUCAUCAUCUUCAUCAUCAUCUUCAUCAUCAUCUUCAUCAUCAUCAUCAUCAUCAUCAUCUUCGUCAUCACAUAAAUUUGAUGCAGAGCAUCUCAGCAAAGGCAAGUGCCUUUUCGCCCCUUAGUUAAAACAAAAUAAAACCCUGAACAAGGCACUUGAGGUCACAGUUGAAGUUAUUCCAGGUCACAGGGGUCAUUUGAGGUCACAGUCGGGGUUACUCCAGGUCGUAGGGGUCGUUUGAGGUCAUGAUCGAGGUUACUCCAGGUCGUAGGGGUCGUUUGAGGUCACAGAGGUUACUUGAGGUUGUUUGAGAAUUUUUUGGUUUCUCCAGGGGUUACUUUAGGUCAUUUCAGACCCUGCUUGGGGUCAUUUGAGGUCACAAUCGGGGUUACUCCAGGUCGUGGGGGUCGUUUGAGGUCACAGUCGGGGUUACUCCAGGUCGUAGGGGUCAUUUCAGGUCACAGAGGUUACUUGAGGUCAUACCAAAAUUUUUUGGUUUCUCCAGGGGUUACUUCAGGUCAUUUCAGACCCUGCUUGGGGUCAUUUGAGGUCACAAUCAGGGUUACUCCAGGUCGUGGGGGUCGUUUGAGGUCACAGUCGGGGUUACUCCAGGUCGUAGGGGUCAUUUCAGGUCACAGAGGUUACUUGAGGUCAUACCAAAAUUUUUUGGUUUCUCCAGGGGUUACUUCAGGUCAUUUCAGACCCUGCUUGGGGUCAUUUGAGGUCACAGUCGGGGUUACUCCAGGUCGUGGGGGUCGUUUGAGGUCACAGUCGGGGUUACUCCAGGUCGUAGGGGUCAUUUCAGGUCACAGAGGUUACUUGAGGUCAUACCAAAAUUUUUUGGUUUCUCCAGGGGUUACUUCAGGUCAUUUCAGACCCUGCUCGGGGUCAUUUGAGGUCACAGUCGGGGUUACUCCAGGUCGUAGGGGUCGUUUGAGGUCACAAUCGGGGUUACUCCAGGUCGUAGGGGUCAUUUGAGGUCACAGUCGGGGUUACUCCAGGUCACAGGGGUCGUUUGAGGUCACGAUCAAGGUUACUCCAGGUCAUAGGGGUCAUUUCAGGUCACAGAGGUUACUUCAGGUCAUUUGAGAAUUUUUUGGUUUCUCCAGGGGUUACUUUAGGUCAUUUCAGACCCUGCUCGGGGUCAUUUGAGGUCACAGUCGGGGUUACUCCAGGUCGUGGGGGUCGUUUGAGGUCACAAUCGAGGUUAUUCCAGGUCGUAGGGGUUACUUUAGGUCACAGGGGUUACUUGAGGUCAUUUGAGUAUUUUGACAUUUAUUCUCUAAUUUAGUUUAUUCCCUUGUCCAUCUGUCCCUGAGUUGGUUUGGGAUUCCUCGGGCAGGCAGCUCAGUGCACAGAGACUCUGCCUGUGGUGUGCAGAACAGCCAGCAGGACAGCAGGACACAGCCAGGACAGCAGGACAGCAGUGGCCAUGCCACACUGGGCUCAGGGGCUCCAGAGCCCCGCGGGGUUGGGUUUCUCAGCUGGGAUGAAGGAUGAGGGCUGCACCCUCCCGGGGCCUCAGCCAGUGGGGAGGAAGAGCCGGGAAUUCGGGACGAAAGGAGGCGGCGCCCUCCCAAACCGAGAGAGGGAAAACCCCGCGGGCCGUGCCCCGGGGCACUCUGCCUUUAUUCAAACAAAGCCGCAGCACUCCCUGUCCCAACCCAGGAGGUUCCUCUCCUUGCCCCGCAGGACUCGA